AGUGGUACGGCUUCUAAUGAGCGACGCGCUAUUUUGCCUAGGAAUCGGGGAUUAGCAACAGGUGUCUCUCGAGCAUGGUGCACCAUAAAAUCACCAGCCUCAGUGCUUGCCAAGGCGCCAAGCAUCAAAUACUACACUUGCAUCCCGAAAUGGACGCUUCUCUACCCCAUCGAUACUUCCUCCGUCUUAGUCUAAGGUGCUCCUGAGUAUGUCAGACAAGAACAAAUAUCUUACCUACCCGAUCCCAAACCCCGAACUCAUCAAGCAGCUCAGUCUUCAAAAACACCCGGAAGGCGGAUACUUUGCCGAAACCGACAGGCAGGAGGAACAGAUUCCUUCGCCCUUUGCGGAUGGGGCAUCUCGAUCUCUUGCAACGACGAUCUACUAUCUUCUGACCUUUGAUGACCCCGAUGGCGUAUUUCAUAUGAAUAAGUCUGUGACGAUGCACGUCCUUCAUCAAGGUCGCGCUGAGUACACCCUGAUUACUCCGGGGAACCCGCCCCGCGUGGAAAAGAAGGUCAUUGGUCCUAACAUCCAUGCCGGAGAGACUCUCCAGCUUCUCGUCGGAUCGAACGUCUGGAAGAAGUCUCGUCUUCUUCCUGAAGAUGUAUCUGCCGCCAAGGAAGACCCGUCGAAGCAGCCUCACACGGGUUGUCUUAUAACAGAGGUCGUUUUUCCAGGCUUCCACUGGGAGGAUCAUGCUUUCCUUACUGAGUCUGGACUGAAAGCACUUUGGAAUGGAAAGCCUGGAUUCGAAGAAUUCCUCCCGUUUGUAAAGAAGGAUGCGUGAUCUGUAACACAUCAUAUGUAUAUAUGUAUAAGAGCGCUUCAUUCGUUUGAUUAGCUGUACAUUAGUGAAACUCUUUGACGACAAGCUCUACGAGAGUGCUUUGCACCCAACUAUUCCAGAUAUAUGCGCGUAAUGGGAUAAGAAUCACGGCACCGUCUACCAUAACGUUUGUCUCCAUAGUGCACGGCCUCAUAUUGGAUAUGACUCAGAAAUGAGCAGCCGCAAGACCUAAAAUCAAACGCAAAGGGAGUGUGUUACCCUUUUUCUCACGAGUUACUGUCGAUAUCCGACGCGAUUGGAUGCGAGCCAAAAUUCCGUUCCACCUUCCUCGCACCAACCUAAUGGUCCUAAAUCACAUUCAGCACAGAGUAGAAGCUGAAGCUUCUUCCCAUUCGGCGACA